AUGUGGAUUUAUGGCACGGUGUCUGAACAGCUCCUCGACACCAUCCUCAAGGUCAAGUCCAAAGCGUGUGACAUAUGGAUCACGCUUGAAGAUUUGUUUCGUGAUAACAAGGAGGCACGGUCACUCCAGUACGACAAUGAACUCCGCAAUCUUGAGAUCGGCGAUAUGAGUAUUACCGAUUACAACCACAAAUUGAAGUCUCUCUCCGACUUGUUGGCCAAUCUCGAUUCACCAGUCUCUGAUCGGUCCUUAGUGAUGCACAUGCUGAAUGGUCUGUCUGACAAAUUUGAUAACAUAAUCAAUGUUAUUCAACAUCAGACUCCAUUUCCAUCAUUCACUAAGGCACGAUCAAUGCUCCUUAUGGAAGACAAGCGUCUUGACAAACAAGCUAAACCUGUCGCACAACAUACCACCAAUGCUUCCUCACCAACGGUCCUGUUCACCAAUCCAGAUCAACACCAACAACCCAACAACUCGCAGCACUACAACGGUCACAACAAUAACUCCCACACCUCCGGUCGCGGACGUGGUCGUAACAACUGGAACACCAAUCAGUAUGGCUAUCCUCCUCCGUGGGGAUACAACCAACCUCCCUGGUCGUAUCCACAGUCGUAUGGUGGACCACCUUCGUAUGCACCUCCAAUGUUGCAUCACUCUUACCCUCCGCCAUAUGUUGCACCCGGUGUUUCCCCUGGCCCCUUCUCUCCUCCUCGUCCACACAGUGAAGCUCACUAUGUUCAACACGCCUAUCAACCACCGCUGAUAGCUAGCACACCAACGCUCACUGCUUUGCCACAAGCGUUCAGUACGAUGACACUGCAGGAUCCGGCUGGCAACUCUUGGGUCAUGGACAUUGGGGCUAUGUGUUCUAGGUUGCUUUAA